AAAAAAAACCCAGCAAUGUCCGUUCCUCUGAGUUAAUGAAGGCAAGCAUGCACUCCACUCACUCACUGUCGUCUGUAUAAUAAUAAUUCAAUUCUCAGGCGUCGUAGGUCGGACCGGGACUUUCAAGUUCCGUCGACGAGAAACUUCCUUGUGAUUCAGUCAGACGGGGACCUGGGACAACUCCGGCGAUGACACGGUUACUGUGUAUGGAUGCUGCUCGUUUCAUCGGUUUGGCCCUGCAGUCAGCAGCCAUGAGCGGCUUUGUUGCUGUGAUGUUUAUGUUUCCAUUAUGUGCUGGACAGUCGUGGGAGGUGGAAAUCCACUCAAAAAAUGAGAAGUACACUUUCGAUGUGACACAGGACAACGCCGUCGUUUCCCUGCAGUGUAGUCUGGGAAAUACGUCAUCACCUAGCUUGGAGUGGUACGACGGGCAAGGAAAAAUAAUUUCUGACAUUCACAGUGGAGACAGCAUUCCGCGCCGAAUUGUAAUCAGAAGAAGAAACUUUGUGGAAUUGAGGUUUCUCGCACCUGAGACAGAGCUGAAUUCCGGUAACUACACCUGCAGAGGGAGCGGCGCUGAUGGAGUGGUUAAGGAAAAGACAAUCCAGAUAAUACUGUACAAGGGGAUCCAGCUGACGUCACCAACAAGACAGUUUGCCAUGUAUGGGCAAGAUGCUCGGCUCAACUGUUCGUCUUCCGCCAGCUUUCCGAGGGAAACCAAUUUGUUCUUUUCUAACUGGACUGCUCUUGCAGGAGCCCGGUACCGUAAAGAGUAUGAUUACGUCAUCAUCGCCAACUUUUCCCGGGCAGAUGAGGGGAUGUAUCGCUGCAGCAUCCGUCUCCAUGAAAUCAAAGACUCCAAGGAAUACGAGCUUCACCUUCUCGCCGCUGUGCCCCCCAAAUUCAAUGGGUCCAUGACAUUUUGGCCUCCUGAGCCAAAAGUGGGGCAGAAUCUAAAAAUCAUGUGUGACAUCAGUGCCAAACCAGAUCCCGUUUAUCAAUUCUAUAAGGUUGAAGGAAACAACACUAGAAUAAUUCAAAGUAAUGAUGUCACAAAUGGGACACUGCUGCUGAAGAAUCUCACACAAGCAGACGAUGGAGAAUACAUGUGUGUGGCUACCAACGGUUGGGGCAGUGCGUCUCAAACCAUUUCCAUUGAUGUGCUCAGUCCUUUAACCAUCAGAUAUGCAAGAGUUGACUUGAACAAUAAAUUAGAAGGGUCAGAAGGUCGACUGAAGUGCAACGUUACUGGUGAUCCAGAGCCUGUUGUAUCAUGGAAGAGAGGGAACUAUUACUUUCACAAUCAGUCCAAGUCUGAAAUUAGUGGAAGGAUCUACACCAAUACAGAGAGAGUGACAGAUAAAAACAAAGGUUUAAAAAGUGUAGUUCAUACUUUAAUCUUCCGCUCACUGGAAGCAAGUGACAUGUCCACAUACACCUGUGAGGCAUCCAAUAUGUUUGCAAGGGUCAAUUCAACAGUGCCUCUUGUUGUUCAGUUUAAGCCAAACUUCAGUAAGCAAAUGACAACAAGAUUUAUUCUGGAGACACAUCAAUGCUACUCUAACAUGCACAGCCAUUGGAAACCCUGAGCCUUUACUGUCCUGGUAUCUACAACGGCACAAAGAUAGA